GACCUUCCCAACGCCGAGAAGCCGUCGUGGCUCCUCAAGUUCAUGCUGGACCCCACGACUGGAGGAGUGUCAGCGACCAGCGUGACAACCGUCGGCAAGGACGAGAUCAACGAGGACGUGACCCAGUGGCUGACGAAGCAGCAGCUUGGCGGCCCGUUGUACUUGAACUGCCCGCAGCACGCUAUCUACCGCGAGAUCUCGAAGAGGUCGGAACGGUCGUCGGUGGAAGCCCAGUCGUCGAUGAGCGCAGACGACUACACCAAAAUCCGCAGGGCCAUGUGCGGCGAGAGGAUCAACGACACGCCCGCGGUCUCCAACGGCGCUACCGAGCAGGAGACGGACGAACAGAAGAAGGCCCGCGAAAAGGCAGAGAAGCGCGCCGAGAAAGAGAGGAAGGAGAGAGAGGAAAACGAGAAGAACCCUGAGGCGGCGAGGCUCAAAGAGGCUAAGAAGUUCUUGGGGGCCCAGAUCACUGCCGCGAAGAGCGCUGCCCGUGGGAUCCACGCAGAGCUGUCGGAGGCGCCGUCGUUGGUUUCCAAACUCCAGAAGAAGGGCUACCCCGACGCGAUGAGCCAGUUCUUGUCCAGCAACGCUGCCGCCCAGCGCACCGCAGUGGAUAAUUUCUGCAACGUUCCCUACACCGUCGCAAAGGAGGCCAAGUCCAGCACAGAUACGACGCCCGAGUAUUACAUGAAGCAGGGCGAUGACUUGAAGGCGGCGCUGAAUACCCUCCAG